AUGGUACCGAUGAUCCUGUUCACCAUAACGAAAGUAUGGACGAAAUGGAAGAUGACGAAGACUUUCCAAUUAGACGAUGAAUUCAUGAUUUUCGGUACGGUGUGUACUUCCCUCCCAUCAUGAUGUCUUUCAUUUCUAAAUUGUUAUAAUAGCUCGUAGGCAUUGCGCAAACCAUAGUCCUAUGGAUCGAGGUCGAUUCCGGACUUGGAAGACCUCGAGAUGAAGUGACAGACACCCAAUUCAAGACAUUCCAAAUGGCAAGCACGCCAGGUUUCGAUAUCUGA